AUGGGUGUACCGCGUUGGAUGCUGCUGCUGGUGCUGCUGCUGGCGUGUGUGGAGCCUGGGAAGCCCGAAUCGCAUGAAGAGAGCCAGGAGUCAGAUCUCAAGAACAUCACGGACAUCAAGUUGCUCUCAAGGCCGUGUGGCCAUCGAAUGGACAUUCGGCCACUGAUCGUAGGUGGGGUAGAAUCUGUGCGUGGGCGCUGGCCAUGGCAGGCCAGCUUGCGCCGGAAAGCGUCCCACCUCUGCGGAGGGAGCCUUCUCAACCACCGGUGGGUGCUCACCGCAGCACACUGCUUCAGAAAAAUCAUUGAUCUAGAAAAAUGGACAGUCCAGUUUGGGCAGCUGACUUCCAAGCCAUCUCUCUGGAACAUCGAAGCCUAUUUUAGCCAGUAUAGGGUAGAAGACAUCAUUGUGAACCCCAAAGCCACAAUGAUGUUUAACGACCUCGCCUUGGUGAGGCUGGCCUCCUCAGUCACCUACAACAAGUACAUCCAGCCCAUCUGUGUCCAGUCCUCCACUUCUAUGUUCCAGCACAGCCCCGACUGCUGGGUGACUGGCUGGGGGGUUCUUCAGGAGAAUAUGAGAACUUUGCCACCACCCUACCACCUCCGGGAAGCACAGGUUACCAUCCUAAACAACAGUAGGUGUCGUGAGCUGUUCAAGAUUCCCUCUCGGAGCAUUAUUAGUGAUGACAUGGUUUGCGCAGGUGCUGAGAAUGGCAGUGUAGACAGCUGUGGUGGUGACUCAGGAGGACCCUUGGUCUGCAACAUGGACGGGCUGUGGUAUCAGACUGGAAUUGUGAGCUGGGGAGAGGGCUGUGGCUGUCCCAAACGACCUGGUGUCUACACCAAUGUCAGUCAGCACUACAACUGGAUUGAAACUCUGAUGAUUCUCAGUGGCAUGCCCAGGCCUAACUGGACCCCAUGGCUGCUGUUCCUUGCUCUACCCUGGGCUCCCUGA